AUGUCUCUCGAUAUUCUUCGCGAGGUGCCCAGCUUCCUCUAUCGCCAGCUCUUCACGACGCCUCCUACUCCAACUAAAGACUGCACGGGCAAGACCAUCAUCGUUACUGGAGCAAAUGUGGGCUUGGGCAAAGAAGCUGCAAGGCACUUUGUACAGCUCAAUGCACAAAAGGUCAUUAUUGCCUGCCGAAGCAUCGAGAAGGGCGAAUCUGCAAAGGAAGACAUUGAAGCAAGCACGGGACGAAAAGGAGUUGUUGAAGUAUGGCAGCUCGACUUGCAAAGCUACGAUAGCGUGAGGGCCUUCGCCAAGCGAGCAGAGAGUCUGGACCGUCUGGACAUACUGCUCGAGAACGCCGGUAUUUCUACUGCGAAGUACGUGGAGGUUCCUGGAACGGGCAUGGAAUCAACGAUCGUGGUCAAUGUCGUCGCCACCUUCCUACUUGCGCUUUUGAUGAUUCCGGCCAUGCAGAAGACCAGCAAGAAGCACAAUACAAUCCCGACUUUAACGAUCGUGUCUUCCGAGGUGCACUUCUUCACCAGUUUCCCUGAGCGUAAAGCGUCCUCGAUUUUCGCAACGCUCAGUUCCAAGCAUGAAGCUAGAAUGGCCGACCGAUACAACGUCUCCAAGAUGCUGGAAGUUCUCACCUGCAGAGAAAUAGCAAAGGAGCACCCAGUCAGUCAGACAAAUGUCACGCUCAACUUCGUGAAUCCUGGCUUCUGCCACAGCGAGCUCAUGCGAGAUAUGAUGAAUCCCAUUCUGGUGGUCAUCAAGAAGAUCCUUUGCAGGACCACCGAGGUAGGGAGUCGCACAUUGGUGCAUGCGGCGCUCUCGGGACCUGAGUCUCAUGGCAAGUACCAUUCGGACUCGCAAAUCGCAGAGUGCGCUCGGCUGGUGGAAGGUCCAGAGGGUCCAGAGAUGCAACGACGGGUUUGGGGAGAGCUUUCGAGCAUAUUGGAAAAUAUCGAGCCUGGCGUGACGAAGGUGCUCGACAAUUAG